CCUGCUACUCUUAAAAGAAACUUGGUUUUGGAUACUGAAGAUUGGGGCAGGGAAUGGCAAGUGGGGAUGCCUAUCAGCUCCCAAAUUAGAAAAAAAAAGCUAUUAGUUUAAUUUUUUUAUUUGCACAGUUCCUCAAACAGUUAGGCCUGCAUCCUAACUGGCAGUUUGUUGAUGUGUACGGGAUGGAGCCUGAACUUCUCAGCAUGGUACCAAGACCAGUGUGUGCAGUGUUACUCCUCUUCCCUAUCACAGAAAAGUAUGAAGUGUUCAGGACAGAAGAGGAAGAAAAAAUAAAAUCUCGAGGACAAGAUGUUACAUCAUCAGUGUAUUUCAUGAAGCAAACCAUCAGCAAUGCCUGUGGGACGAUUGGACUAAUCCACGCCAUUGCAAACAACAAAGACAAGAUGCACUUUGAAUCUGGAUCAACAUUGAAAAAAUUCCUAGAGGAGUCUGUGUCAAUGAGUCCUGAAGAAAGAGCCAAAUACCUGGAGAACUAUGAUGCUAUUCGAGUUACUCAUGAGACCAGUGCACAUGAAGGUCAGACUGAGUCCUCCUCGCCAUCCUCAUCACAGCCUCAUUCUAGCCACUGCAGAACGAAGGCCUCAUCAUUGUGUCACCAUGCAUCCCUGCCCUGGGUCAAACGUAACCAUGUAGGCCCUGCAAAGGCUACCAGUCCAUCUCUCCGUCUUCGUCGCUGGCGACCCUUCUUACGCCUGCCAUCUUUGGGUCUCCAUUCUGUUGCACCAAGUAUAGAUGAAAAAGUAGAUCUUCAUUUUAUUGCGUUAGUUCAUGUAGAUGGGCAUCUCUAUGAAUUAGAUGGACGGAAACCAUUUCCAAUUAACCAUGGGAAAACUAGUGAUGAGACAUUGUUAGAGGAUGCCAUAGAAGUUUGCAAGAAGUUCAUGGAGCGUGACCCCGAUGAGUUAAGAUUUAAUGCCAUUGCUCUCUCGGCAGCAUAGCUUCUCCACAGAAAUACCAACUACUGUAUUAUCUGCAACAAAAGUUACAUUUAUGCUGCCAUAACUAACUCAAAAUUUUUGAUAUUUUCAUUAACUUGACGGAUUAAACUUUAUGUGAAUAAACUUUGACAUUACCCGUG